AGGCGGCGGCGGCGGGAAGGGGCCGUGGCGGAGGCGGAACGGGGCCGGGAAACUGGCAGAAAAUGUCACCUGGAAAAGUUCUUCAACCUGCAGUGGAAAUGAAGGUGGAUGAACUCUUUCUGUGCUGGUUGAGUCAGCCUGCCACUCAGCUAAUACUAAAGGACUGCUUGAGAAGAAUCAAGAAUAAGGAGAAAACAGAGUUUGGUAACACAGAUUCAGGAAACAGUAGAAAUAAGAACUUCGCCAGUAAAAAUUCCAAUUCCAAGCAGUGCAUAUUAGGAGAUACCAGAUUGCCUUUGUUGUCUUUGAGUCCUCCUCAGCUUUCUACUGCUCUUCCAUUGGCAACUCCAGCUAGCUCAAGGCACAUUUCUAAUGUUAGAGCAACACAUCGAUCCUCAGGGACCAAAGAAGUUCAAACAAAGAAGGAAGAAACUUUGCCACCACCACAUAGUCAAAACAUUCCAACUUUUUAUUUUCCUCGAGGAUGUCCUAAGGAAAAAGUAAAUAUAGAUGCUGUGAUUGCCAAAAUUGAGAAAACUUUUUCUGAAUUUCCGAAUGAGAGGGCAACAUUAGAAGACAUGGGUAAGGUUGCAAAGGCUUGUGAAUGCCCACUGUACUGGAAAGGUCCUUUGUUUUAUUGUGCUGGAGGUGAACGAACAGGAUACGUGUCAGUUCAUAAAUUUGUUGCAAUGUGGCGGAAAGUACUUCAGACCUGCUAUGAUGAUGCUGCGAAGUUUGUUCAUCUUCUGAUGAACCCUGGAUGUAACUACUUGGUGCAAGAAGACUUCAUUCCUUUCUUACAAGAUGUGGUGAAUAGUCAUCCAGGCCUUUUAUUUUUAAAAGAAGCAUCUGAAUUCCAUUCUCGGUAUAUUACAACAGUCAUACAGAGAAUAUUUUAUACAGUAAAUAGGUCCUGGUCUGGGAAAAUAACUUGUAAUGAACUCAGGAAAAGCAACUUUUUGCAGAAUGUGGCAUUAUUGGAAGAGGAAGCUGAUAUUAACCAGCUGACAGAGUACUUCUCAUAUGAACAUUUUUAUGUUAUCUAUUGCAAAUUUUGGGAGCUGGACACAGACCAUGACCUCUAUAUUGAUCGGAAGGAUUUAGCUCGACAUAAUGAUUAUGCAAUUUCAAAUAGGAUGAUAGAGCGCAUCUUCUCAGGAGCAGUAACAAGAGGUAGAAAAGCACAAAAAGAUGGGAAGAUUAGCUACGCUGAUUUUGUCUGGUUUUUGAUAUCUGAAGAGGACAAGAAAACACCAACUAGCAUUGAAUACUGGUUCCGCUGCAUGGAUCUUGAUGGUGAUGGUGCUUUGUCUAUGUAUGAAUUGGAAUAUUUUUAUGAAGAACAGUGCCAAAAAUUAGAAAACAUGGCCAUAGAACCUUUGCCUUUUGAAGACUGCCUGUGCCAGAUGCUGGAUCUUGUAAAGCCACAACAUGAAGGAAAAAUUACUCUGCAUGAUUUAAAGCGAUGUAAGCUGACAAAUGUGUUCUUUGAUACUUUUUUCAACAUUGAAAAAUACCUUGACCAUGAACAGAAGGAUCAGUUCUCUAUGUUGCGGGAUGGUGAAGGUGAAAGUCAAGAGGUCUCUGACUGGGAGAAAUAUGCUGCUGAAGAGUAUGAUAUCUUGGUAGCAGAAGAGGCAGCAAGUGAGCAGUGGAACGACGGGUAUGAAGCAGAACUGAGUCCUGUAGACCAUCAGAAGGCCAGUGUUCUAAAGUAUCAAAUGGAGAAAAGACCAUUUUUUGAAAUGCCUUCCCAUCUGGCUGAUGUAGACUUGGAUGAAUAUGGCUAUGAUGAGGAUUUUGAAUAGAGGUUACUUGUGGUCAGCACUUGCAGAAGAGAAGGGACAGUCUGCAGCAGGUCUGCUACACACUGAUACUUUUCAGUGGGGUUUUUUUCUCCACUGAAACAUAUCAAUGGGAAAAGAAACACUUUCUUUAGUUUUGUGCUAAAAAUAUCUAAUCACUACACUACCUUGUAAGCAAAAGAAGUGCAUUUAUAUGGAAUGAUGAGAUUUUUGUAUUUAUUCAAUAGUUUAUCGUUUGUAAAAUAGAUUGAAAUAUUUAUUUUCAGAUGUUGCAUAAUUCCUUUUUUGGAAGAAUAACAAUAUUUGACUUAAGAGAAAAGUAAUCUACUGUUUUUAUGAGAACUGUAUAAUUCUCUUUAAGCUGAUGUGUGGUGCACUGACCAUCUCCAUCUCACCUGUGAACAGGUAUUUCUGUCCUGGUAUGGGAGGCAAGGAGACAAUUUACACCUGCAGUGUGCUCAUGCUCAUAGACAGCCCUCUUUUAGGUUUUAUGCCUUGGCAAGGAAGAGAUGUGACAAUGAGUACACAGUUCAGCAUUCAUUUACAAGCAGAGUUUUGUCUGACAAGCUGUGCAUAUUAGUAGAAUACACUAAAGUGAACACCCAAGACAAGUUUUCUUUUCUGUGUAGUCCUUGUUUGCCCCAACUUUAAUUUUGCCCUUUUAAACUUCAGUUUUUUUGAUGUUAAUCAUAAAAAGAUUAUUUAAUAGUGAAGUCUGAGUGUUCAUAGUUGAUCCAAAAUGGGUGUGUUAAUUCAUGCAGAAGGAACCAAUUUUUUUUUUUAAAUCCUUUGUAUAAAUGUUACUUGAUCAGUGAUGUGCACUAAUUUGUUGUGGGCAUUCAGUGCUUUUGUCUGUCCUCCCCUUUGCUUGUUUGCUAUUGACACAUUCCAUGGAUAUUCAUCAGUGUCACAGCAGCUUGAAAUUGUUGCCUCACUUGUAAGUGUUAAACAGGUUUUGUUGGGAAAAAAUGUACAAAAAGAUGUAAGUUAUUUUUUUGGUUGCAGUGUAGAUCUUUUAAAAUGUUUAGAAAACAUGUUUGUAUUUUCAAAUACAGAUUUUCGUACAUGUAAUUUCACAGAUGUAAUUUUUACAUACUUCACACAAUUCAUGUCUUGCUAAUAAAGAGCCGUUCACCACAGGAUGGGUUACACAGGUAUGCAGUCUGGUUGGGUAAUUACAACAAGCUGCAGAUGCAAAGCAAUCAGCCUCUAGCAGGCUUUUCUUCAUCCAAAAGAGUAUUUGCUGAGCAGCCGGGAGAAACCUGUUGUGCUCAACUCCUCACACCACCUCCUGCACAAACCUACACACCUGUGUAUGAAGAAACUCACUGCUGAAGUGCUGGUGAACCUCACUGAAGGAAACUCAAGUAAUUGUAAUACCAUUUGAAGGAUUUUGGUUAAUUAUUUCAGUUUUAAUACAGACUCACCUAUGUCAAAUUUCUCCAGGGCUGGCUGGAUCCCUUUCACUAAGUGCCCAUGGUUUGGGGCUUAUAAGCAGUAAAGAUACACAGCAUUUCUGUGAUGCUCUGGUCCCUCAGGGAAAGGAUGACCAACUGGCAUUGCAGAAGGUGAUCCUGAACAUCUGUUACACUGCAAGAGAUGCAUUUUCCUACCUUAAAACUUUUCUCAAGAAGGGGGCUUGUUACUGGGCAGGAAACAGCCACAGACUUUCCCAGGAUGCAGUGACACAUCGGUCACACAGCACUAUGGUGCAGGGUCAAUCUCUUCUGCAGAGCCUGUAGCUGUUGUUGCCACUUUGUGUUUAAUGAAGUGCCUGUCAAAUCCUGCUCUCUAUUAUACUUUUGCUAACGAAGUCCUUUCCUAAGUAGAAUGUAUCCUGCUGUUUUCAGAGCAGUCCUUUUUCCUAAAAUGAGUUUGAGGAUUACUGGACCUUGCCUCUGCAGGGUAAUUACCAUCCCAAUCCCACUGUAACAGAAAUUAAAGUAUCCAUAUGUUUGAUGUGGGUCCAGGUAUAACUGUUUUCCUAGUCAAGCUGUAUUCUGCC